AUGUCCUACUACAGAAGAAACGAAGGAUCAAUUGUGUUUGCGUUUGCGAGUAUAGCGUUCAUUGCAUUUUACUGCGUCACAUACUUCAUACGGCGAUGCAGAGAUAGAGCCGCCGCUUCCACCGCAAGGGACGCAUAUGAGGCUGAAUUGAGUCCGAGGAGACUACCUCGAGGACUUGACGCUAAGGCCAUAGAAUCGUUUCCCUCGUUCAUUUACGCGGAGGCUAAUGGGAUUGAGCCAGGACAAGGCGAGCUAGUAUGCGCGGUUUGUCUGAACGAAUACAAAAACGAUGAAACGCUGCGUUUGGUAUCACCUUGUGGACAUGUGUUUCAUGCUGACUGUGUUGAUAUUUGGCUCUCUUAUCGCUCGACGUGUCCUAUUUGUCGUGCUGAUGUAGUUCCGUAAUCAGAGUCUUACCUUUGCAUAUUUUGUUUUGUUCCACGCUUUCUUUUGUGAAUAAGUUUUUCUCUA